AAGAGAAUCACUAGGCUACGAAGAGGUAUGACCUUGUAUUUAUUAAGAACUUGAUUUAAAUACUUGUAAUUUUAUAUAAAUACAACAAUGUUUUUUAUUUUUUAUUUUUUUUUGGUGACUUUUGAUAUUUCUAAUUAUGUCAUAUGCUAGAACCAGAAAAGCAUCACAAGUGACUGUCAAAUAUCUUCUGUAUGAGUAUUUUGCAUUUCCUAACUUUAAGCAUCAUAGUGCAUCAUAAGUCUAAGUUCGUUGGUUUAUUUAUUUUUUAUUUAUAACGAAGCGAGCAAAUGAUUGUUCAAUUUGUUUAUACCUUCUUCUAUAUCUAGUAAAAUAGUUUCUAUUUUUUUGUUGAAACUCAUAGAAUGAUAUCUUCUACUAAUAUUUUGUAUGGACUUUGAAGUUGUCAUCUUGUUUACCUGAAUAAACCGAGAGAUAGACAAGGAUGAAUUUAAGAAGGUGAUGACCUUGAUGCGAACACAUAACAGACAAGGGGCUCGCCACAGAGAUGGACUUCGUAUUGGACUAAAAGUUUCAGGUUCUGUAAAAGAUGGGGGUCUUCUAGAGUACUUCUUUGGAAAAGAUGGCAAGCAAUGCCUAGAACAUGGAAAAUUUGUCCAGUUUUUGAGAGACAUGCAUGAUGAAAUAUUGCGGUUGGAGUUUGCCCAUUAUGACUACAAGUCACAAGGAACCAUAUCUGCUAAAGAUUUUGUGUUGUCAAUGAUUGCAUCUGCUGACAUGCAACACGUAAACAAGUUUCUUGACCGUGUUGAAGAAUUAAACAAUGAACCAAAUCUCAAAGACAUACGCAUUACAUUCGAAGAAUUUAAGAAUUUGGCAGAGCUUCGUAAAAGGUUACGCCCCUUGUCGCUCACAAUCAUCAGUCAUGGGAAAGUGAAUGGGCUCUUGACAAAGCCCGAUUUCCAAAGAGCUUCAUAUCAUGUUUGUGGUAUCUCUCUCACGGAGAAUGUGGUGAAUAUGAUAUUUUAUGUGUUCGACACUAAUCAUGAUGGGAGUUUGAGCUCGGAUGAGUUUUUAAGAGUAUUACAAAGACGAGAAAGGGAUGUCACACUACUGAGGGAGGCAGGAUUCAUGGGAUUAUUUUCUUGCUGGUUGGAGUGUACAAAUAAUUGCUCUUAUUCAAAGAUGCUACUUUAA